UUUUUUUUUUUCAGAGUUGGUUUUUCAUUGCUCGAAGGAAGCUGCCUUGCAGAGAUUUGGGGGACUCUGCUUGUUUUUUUAAAACUCUUUUCUUUUCCACAUCUUGUUUAUAGACAUCCGAUAAUUAGUUUAUACACCAACUUAGUGCAGACUGUAGCCGGUUAUGUUUUUUAACCUCAUAUGCCAUUUGUAAUUAAGUUUGACGUUUCUCAAAUCCUCAUCAUUUCAAAACAUCUACAUGAAAUGUUUAAGGCAGUUACGAAGUCAUAGGCAAACGUUAGAGCGUUUUGGAUAAGUCGGCGUCUUGCAGCAUCUUGUCGAUAUGUUGUUUUUUCUAGAAAACCAGGUCAGUGUCAGUGUUUGGACGGAAUCAUCAUCAUCAUCAUCCUCAACAGCCGAACCGAUUCAGGCUGCGGUUCCCCCCUCCGUGCAGCUCGUGCUCACGGUGCUUUACACGGUCCUGUACUCGCUGCUCUUCGUGUUUGUUUACCUGCAGCUCUGGCUCAUUCUGCACUACGGACACAAACGCUUCAGCUACCAGAGUGUCUUUCUCUUUCUCUGUUUGCUGUGGUCGGCUCUGAGGACAACGCUGUUCUCGUUCUACUUUAAAAAUGUUGUGCAGGCGAACCAGCUGCAGCCUUUGCCUUUCUGGCUCCUGUAUUGUUUUCCAGUGUGCCUGCAGUUCUUCACCCUGUGUCUGCUCAACCUUUACUUUGCUCAGGUGAUCUUCAAAGCCAAAGCAAAAUAUUCCCUGGAACUCAACAAGUACAAGGUGCCCCUGCGCUUGGGCUUUCUGCUGGCCAGUAUUUUUUUCCUGGUGGUGAACUUGACAUGUGCCAUGCUGGUGCAGGGGAAUGGCGAAGAGAGCCAGGUGAAGGAUGCCGUGCUAGCACGUGUGCUAGUUAACGACAGCCUCUUUGUGCUCUGUGCCAUCUCACUCGCCAUCUGCAUCUUCAAGAUUGCUAAAAUGUCUUCUGCCAAUGUCUACCUGGAGUCAAAGGGGACAUCAGUCUGCCAGGCCACUGCCAUUGGGGCGGCAGUUAUCCUACUCUACACCUCCAGAGCCUGUUAUAACCUGGUAGUGGUGGCUCUGUCUCCUGAAGAUCGGCCCAGCCCGUUCAAUUAUGGCUGGUACAAUGUAUCUGACCAGGCUGAUGCAGAGAAGAUCAAUGGGGAAGCCUACGUGGUCUUCGGUAUCAUACUGUUCUUCUGGGAGCUACUGCCCACCAGUCUUGUUGUGGUGUUCUUCAGAGUGCAGCGGCCCAAUCAAAACCUGACGCCCGGUGGUAUAAUCAACAGUCACAGCUUUAGUUCCAGGGCAUAUUUCUUUGAUAACCCUCGGCGCUAUGAUAGUGAUGAUGACCUGUCUAGAAAUGCAAUAUCCCGAGGAGAGAGAUGCAGUACAUUGUCAUCCACGCCACAAAUGGGCCCCAGUUGGUACGGCUCGAUCCAGAGGAACGGCAGUCUUACAGGGAUCCCUCACCUACUGAACGGUCCCCAAACAUCAACUGCCCCUCUUCUUUUCGCUUCCGGCAACAUUCAGACAAAUCAACACCAUAACUACUAUUCCACCCCACAGAACUACUACUCACCCUCCCAGACACACUACUCCACCCCUCAGAACUAAUACAGAUGACCCUUCUGUGAAUUUAUCUAGUCUGAGGUUUUGGCUCAGGCUGGGCACAGGCCUCUUGGACAUCACUGAGCAAUGCUUUUUCCCCCCUCAGUCAAUUUAUCUGCCCACUUCAAGGCACUGUCCCAGCGAGCAGACAGUAGUCAUGGCAAUGACCUUGGGUGGGAGGAACUAUAAGGGACCAUACAAAGGGGUUGGGGGAGAUCAGAGUUGGAAUGACAGUUGACACUGAACAAUGUUCUUCUUCAGUGGUGAGCUGAAGGAACAUUUAUUUGUGUUGUUGAAAGCCAGACUAUUGGUCCAGCUUUUCCUCAGUGUUCUCAUACUUUUUAGACCGUCAAUCUCAUCGGUUUAGAACUUUGCCGCAAUGAUCUCUGAACAUUCGGCUCAUGGACUCCCCUCUGUGAGUUGGGAUGUUUUUUGCACUUAUUAUGGGCCUGUAUUUCAUUCCUGGAUGAACUGGAAUAGUUGGAGGCCUGAAUGUGGUGGUGGUGUUGAGAUUUUCUUGGGAGUAUACUUUGCAUAUUCCAUUCUCUUUGAGAAAGUCCAUUCGAGACUCAGUAUUCGGCUUUUUUCCAAGAGGCUUUUCAAGACCAACAUCCUGGAAUUCUCAAUAUUCUGGAUUCGUCGAAGGCAUCGAGGUGCUCUGGUACUAGGAGUAAGUGUUCACUGACAUAAAACAUGAAGUCCAUGUGUCUUUCUUUUAUGCUUUUGACAUUUUAUUCCUUUGCCAAAGAGCCCAUGCUUAAAUCUAGGCAUAACACUCGAGUCUCCAUGCUUUUCACGCUUCUCGAUGGCGAAGAGAAACAUAAAGACUGAUAACGCCUGGACUGAUGCCUGAAAUCUAGUGUUAAUCUAUUGUACCAAGUGUGACUAGGAAGUUUAACUCUACUUACAAUCUCUUAUAUUUAGGUACUUUCAGUGAUUUGCUUUAAAGAGCCUUUCAAAUAGGCUUAUGGGUGAAUUUACCCAUGUAUGUUCAGUACAUAUACAGCGAUAUCUUUUGGCAAAAUCUAGCUUAUUGUAUCAAGCAUAUCGCUCUAAAGGAAUGCCUGAAAUGGUGCCAUUGUAUGACUUUCCAGGAGAAAACGUGUUGCGCAAAAUUGAUGUUUUUAUUGAACAUGUUGCAUAAGCUUUAUAUCAUCAUUCCUCUAUAGUUGUAUUGCAGGAACGUGAUUAGUCGGCAAACAAUCUCCCAUAUCCAGUACAGUAUAGUAAGUGGUACAGAGCUUUAAGGAAUGUUCUGGAUUUAUUACAAGCUAAGCUCAAUCAACAGCAUUUGUGGCAUAAUGUUGAUUACCACAAAAAUUAUUUGCACUCGCCCCACAUUUAUUUAAAAAAAGCAGUAACAGUGAGGCGCUUACAUUGGAAGUGAGUUGGGCCAGUCCUUAAACAUUAAAAUACACACUGUUUCUAAAGUAAAGCCACAAGACAUGAACAUUAUACAUGUAAACAUGAUCUUAUUGUGAUAAAAUCACUUACUUACCUUUACGUGUAAAGUUAUAUCCAAUAUGACAUGACGUAACAACAUAAACCCUCUAAACUGGUAAAUGCUGUAAUGCCGUCAAUUUAAUUUUUUAAUUUAUGAAACUAAAAUCAUGUUAACAUGUAUAAUGAGUACAUCUUGUGGCCAUACCUUUGAAACGGUGUGGAUUUCAGAGUUUAUGGAUUGGCCCCAUUCACUUCCAUUGAAAGUGCCUUACUGUAAACCAUUUUUUUUUUAAUUAAUUAUUUUGAGGGACAAGUCAAACUAAUUUUUUGUGGUAAUCAACAUUAUGCUACAAAUGCUGUCGUUUGAGAUUGACAACUUGUAUCGAAAUGGCCCCUUCCAUUUCCCUGAAAAUAAAUUGUGUUUUAGCAACAACAAAAAAAAAAAGCUCAUUUUUGUCUAUUUGUAUCGCCCAGUUGGCUGCUCCGUGUACAUUUCAAGCUGUGUACUUGAAAUCAACAAUCAUCAAAUGUUAAAGCAGCACGGUCCCCUCCAUUUCACUGUCACUGUGUAUGACCUGGCUUGAGUUGAUAAGCGCUCAUUCUGCGUUUUUUGGGAUUCCAUGCUGUUAAACCAGAACUGGAGCUGAUAUUAUAAAUAAUGAAUAAAUGGUAGAGGAUGUUAGAUUGAAAAUCCAGUUGGGUUUAGACCUAUACACCUGCUCAAAUUGCUCUGUAGUUGGAUUUUUAUAUAUAUAUAUAUAUAUAUAUAUAUAUAUAUAUAUAUAUAUAUAUAUAUAUAUAUAUAUAUAAUUUUUAAAAAUAAUUUUAAACUUUAUACUGCAGAGUUUUGUGUAUGUUGCAUAAAAAAAAAAGUUAUGAUGAUUUUAAUUGAUUUAUUUUAAGUCAGCCUAGUCAUACAAUUUCAAUUUCUUUGUUUGCUGUCAGCUGUCGUGUAGCAUAUGUGUAAAGCUUUUCAGCAUUGUUAAUCGAUGGAAAGGUGAUGCGUUUAAUCUAAUGCUGAUUUGGUUGUGAUCAUAUUUCCUGACAAACAGCAGACAGGAAAUGGGCUGUGUGUGAAUUUUUGUUUAUUUGACUUAUUAAAUUAUAAAUGUGAGUCUGGUUUGAAAAAUGUUACUGUGAAAUUCAUCAAAUCAACCCAUGUAUCUCGCAAAAGAGCAAGUAAAGCCUUUAUUAUUAUGAUUUUUUUUUUUAUUUUUGUUUUUUGUUUGUGGCCAAUGAAUGUAACUUUACCCAUGUUUGUAGUCCAUUAAAGAUGUACACAAGCACUACCAUAAUAAAUAAAGUUUUAUUGCACUGUU